GAAACACAUGUUUCAAGAAUGCGUAAUUCUGAAACAUCUGAAACCAGAUUGGAAAACAAAAAUAAACUUUUAUAAAAAAUUCCUCAAAAAUGUUAUUUUUUAUAAAGAAUUCUCAGAAAGAUCGGCUGCUUUUCCUCUCACAGCAGCCUCCAGAAGUUAUCGUUGAUUUCUGUAAGCUGGCAUUGGAUUACCUGGCCAAUGGACCAAACGAGAAGAAGUAUUCCAUUGCUGCACAAAAACUCAACGUCGUCCAGGAAGAUGUAGGAUCAACCGUAGAAUGCCUGCUUUCCCUGCUCAUUGACUGUGCGGCUUUCAAUGUCACUGAGGCUGAUUUUCAGGAAUUAUCAAGCCUCAAAUUUUCUUCAGAACAAAUUGCGAUUCUCUGGCAAUUUGUUACCAACAAAAACGAAUACGUGCGUAGUCUGCUGCAGAGUCGACAGAGGCACGACUACCGAUUUCGGGAUCUUGAAUGGCGCCUGGAUGCACGUGUGGCCAGUAGAUCGAAUCUCUCACAAGCCACACCACAGAUCACGAUGAAGUUCCAUCUAGAUCGUGAAACAAUUAAUGAGCACAAGGACAGAAUUUACGACACUACUGACACGUCCUCGAGUCGGAAGCAAAUUGUGGUGAGUACAGAUCCUUGCAAUCUCACCCACAUCAUUGCCACCCUGGAAAAUGCUCUUCAGCAAUCGAAAACACACAGAACCAGGAACUUUGUGAAAGCAUUCCAGCAGCAAUAGAAGAUGAUAUUCAAGUUA